AUCGAUCCCCGUCAAUCUCGCUCCCGGACAGAAGAGACGGAUUCAUUUACGGAGACACAAUUGCAGACGAAACCUGGCUGGUUAAGGGCCGACGUGAUAAACGUGGAGCGGGAAUCUGAGAGUACGAGGCUAGAUAUCGAGGGAUUGUCAAGAGAGAUCGAGGCGAUGGGGAUAUUCUCCAAUCGCCCAGAGGAGGCGAGGAAUGCCACUAGGGCCACGGGGGCCACGUUAUCCUCGGCUGCGAGAGCCGUAACUACUCCAUCACGCCGUAUCAACCCCAGCAUAACCGCCAGCAGGGCCCGUCCUAGCUCCACAGGCUUGUUCUCUUCUCCAAGAACUUCGACCACGCCCAGCAGUGCAAGCAACGCAAUAGCUACAAGAGCCACCACUAGACCCCAUAGGGGAGGGCGACUCCCAGUCACAGAGGCCCCGAGAGCCAGCAGAACAAGCCAUCCGAGUCAGAAUCCUGCAGGAACUUUUUCCAGAAACAGCAACACAGGCUCCGUCGCAGAAACAGUCCCCAGGGUGAGAAACACAAGCUAUCCAAGAUCUGGACCGGUUGUCAACAGGCCAUCCACCACGGGCUUUCCUACAGCUUCGGAACCUCUUAGAGCAAAUAGUACAAGCCAUUCGAGCCAAUAUCCUGCAAGAAAUAUCGCUAGAAGCAUCAACACAGGGAACUUGCCUGGAGGAACCUAUCCCAGAUUCAGCAACACCGGCAACCCCAUCACAACAGGAUCUUCCACCAAUAACAACAACACCAAUCUCCCCAGAAACCCUUGGACAGCCCCCCGAGUCAACACCACACACACCACUACAAACGCAAGAGCUACUCUCACCCCAACCAUACCCCGGGGUCCAGUCAUACCUUGGGGUUACCAUCAGGUUACAAGACCCACACCGAUGACCCGAAGCACAAGCAAUCCAGGCAGAAGCACAAGCAAUUCAGGUUCAAGGACUACGACAGCUGUCCCUAGACCCAGCACGACAAGGCGGCAAACGACUUCAAGAACCACCACCACCACCACGCCCAACAACACAGCCGCCGCCAGAAAUGCAGCCAGACCCGCAGUAACUCCCGCUGCCACUACCACCACCAGAACAAACAUCCCAGCUUCUUCUACCCCGACAGCCCCCCGUUCCUCCCCAUUCAGCGAAGCAGGAUCCCCAGAUCCGUCUCUCCCCGCCUCACCAGCCAUAGCCGUGUCUCCCUCUGAUUCUUAUGGCUCACAAUCCUAUGAUCCAUUCUUUCCUCCGACUUCUUACCACAAUUCAUUCUUCUCCUCAGCAUCAUCCUCCACUCUAUUAUCAUAUACUCGGUCCCCCGCUACCGCUCCCGCCACUGCCACCCGUCAAUACAUCGAGGGCGAAUGCAGCAUCUGUCUAGACGACUUACUGUACGAGUGGGAUGAUAACAUGUACAGUGUGCGACGCAAUGACCCCCUUGUCUGGUGCAGGAACCAAUGCGGCAGUAACUUUCAUGCUAGUUGUAUAGAUAGGUGGUUUGCGGUAUUGGAGACUGCUUCCAGCAUGACUUGUCCAAUUUGUCGCGCACGAUGGGCAUUUUAAUGGGUGUUUGUUGUUGGCUUGGUUGCGGGUGAUAAUGGGGGUGAGUGUGCUGGUUUGGUUGCUUGUCGCUUAAUGGUACUGUUGUGGUUUGCUUG